AUGGAUGUCCCGUGCAGUCCCGGUUCACAUUUACGAGUAAAGUCCCCACAUCGUCAUAGGCGCCGCCACCACUCUCCCAGUCGUACAGGAAGUGGAAGUGACUUGCAUCAGUCAAGACAAGUGAGUGCAGUGACAAAUUCUAACAAACCGGAAGGAGAUGAAUAUGAACUACCACCGAGAGAUUAUCAAAACCCUCUGGUACAGGAAUCUGAUGGGAAUUUCUUUGAAAGUUUCACCGCGUUGUCAUGGAGACAAGCCAACAAGAGGUUACGUGCAACAUCAGAGGAUGGUCAUGACAGGCACCCUCCGUCAGAAGCACAGUUCGCAGUCAAACCGAAAUCCCAACAGCCUUCAAAGAAAGAGUUCGAGCUCCUAUACAUCGAGGUCCUGUAUACCAUCAAACACAAGAUCGGAACAACAGCAGGAGGACACUCCCCUUUUAUACAAGACUUGUAUCAGUAUGCACAGGAAGCGUUUGGCAUCAGUCCAGAGGACCACGCCCAUCUUCUGGCUAGGGCUACAGAGGAAAAGCCUCCUAUUGUCAUCGUCAACAUAACAGUUAUCAAAGCCAAAGACUUAGAAGCAAAAGAUGCGGAUGGAUUCAGUGACCCCUAUUGCAUGUUGGGAAUUUGGCCCGGACGGCUGGCAGAUGGAGAUGUUUUCUCAGACGAGGACGAACAAGCAAAAGCUAAGGAAAAGAAAGGAAGCAUUAGCAGAAAGCUGUCGAUGCCUGGAAGUAAAAAGAAACGAGAUAAAUCGGCUCGUGAUGUCAUUCCAGCAAAAUAUAUUCGGAGCACUAAUGUUGUCCAGAACUCUCUACACCCCGUGUGGAAUGAAAGGUUCCGGUUUGACUUGGAAGAUGUUCAUUCGGAUCGACUUCAUCUGGAUAUCUGGGACCAUGACGACGAAUUUUCUGUGAUUGAAGCAGCCAAGAAACUAAAUGAAGUGAAAGGUUUCUCAGGGUUGGGUCGGUACUUCAAGCAAGUGGCUCAGUCAGCGAGGACGACUAAGAGCAGUGGAAGCGUCGACGAUUUUUUGGGUUGUGUAACAAUUCCCCUUCAAGAUAUCCCUUCCAUAGGACAGGAGAGGUGGUUCCCUCUGGAGGGUCGAACUGCUCGGUCAAACAUACAGGGCGAGAUAAAACUCAAGCUAAGUCUUGCCACGCGAGAGGACCGUGGAAUUCCAGAGGACGAUAACUGGACAGAUGUUCGACAACAUGAAGAUCUUAUGUCUGUGUUUGUGCAACACGAAGUCAGAAAAAUGGACGAUUCUCCAUCAAAAUGGAGAGGAGAACUGCCGAAAGCGGCAAUGACAAUUCUCCAUCAGCAUGCAAUUCAGGGUGACGUCACAGAUGCUCAGCAGGCAAUGUGUAAAUGGAUAGCUUAUAGUCGGAAACACAUGGAACAUCAUUUCGACUACAGAAUUCUUCUAAAGCUGCUUGGAGAACUCGAUCGGUUAUGGACACCAGAUUCAUUUUCCCGAGAAGAGGAAGAAUGUCUUGCUGAGUCCUUCAAACAAUUCAAUCAAUACUGCCUUAGUCUGCUCAGUAAACAACGAGAGGUGUUCCCGACGACCAGCAAACAAAGCAUUUGUCGCCUCGAAGCCAUGAUGCAGUGCCUGGCAAAUGUGUACAGCAUAGAUGUAUUCAGACGAGUUUGUCCGUUCGAAAAAGAACUUCAUCCAGAGGUCAAGGUCGCAAUAAAGAGAGGCACUCAAGAAUGGUAUGACAGGAUAAGUCACUUGAGACAUGCCAGCUCAAAGACAAGUGACCAUGAAGAGGACAUCAUACAGCGAUUGAUCGAACUAACAAACCUCUUGAACGCCGAUUUGAUAUCUGCAUUGUCGACCUACAACCUGCUAUAUGAACAGAUUUUUAAAGUACAUUACUGCGCAACCACAUAUCGUCAACUGGAAAAAUGGCUUUCAACAGAUGUAUUCAAAGGCCUACAGGAAGAGCUCGGUGAAGAAUUCAAUAAGGAUUUAAAACAAACACUGAGCAGAGUUGAAAGCCGAUCAGAGGAAUCGUCAACGAGAGAUUCAAACCUGAUAAUGGGAACCUGCUUGUUUGAGCUAUACUUGGCUUUGCAAGAAUUCUGCAAUUUUCGGGAAAAUUUGCCUAAUGGAGAUCAAAGAAGUCUUCAGAUUAUACAUUAUUAUCAAUGGUUCCGGUUUGUUGUGGCUAAUUGGAUCGAAGUUGCUAGAAAGAAGUCGCUUCAGAGGAUCAUGAAAGCAGUGGAACUUGACAAGGUAGCUGAGGUAACGGAGGGCACGAAGUACAGUACUUCAGCUGUCGACGUCUGUUGUUGCUUUUCACAGAUGACCGAAUUUUGGAAGCAGCUGAAUUGGCCAGAUCUUAUAGACGCUUAUCCAUUGGUUCAAAAACUAGCAGAGGACAUAAGCAAAGGUGCUGUCAUGUACGCCGACAUGAUACACCAGAAACUGAAAGAUGAAGGUUACUAUGAUGAGGUCGGACAGUUUGAUGUCACGGAACAGCUAUGCAUUACAAUAAACAACAUAGAACAAGUACGCCGGGCCUUGAAACCCAUUCCAGAGAUGUUGAGAUUCUCAGAUAUACAGAGGGCAGUUGAGGCGAGCAAUGGAUCAGGGAAAGGCUACAAGUUCAAUCUUAACACGAUUGUCAAGGAGGCAGACGAAAGUAUGGUGAGGAAAAUCAAGACGGUGGUCGACAGAGUGGCGGACAAGAUGAGACCAGAUAUCAAAAAAGAUGUAUUCCACCUAAACUGGGCACCAGAAUCUGUCCCCGCCGAUGACGCAAUUGGAGACCUACUUACGUAUCUCGACAGCAACUUGCUGACUAUGAAUAAAAAUCUGCUGAAGACUAACUUUGACCGAAUUCUGUUAUCACUCUGGGAAGAAGUCCUGGCGGAAUUCAAGGAGACGAUUUUGAAAGAGGAACCGCGACAGCCUAUCCUGUAUAAGAGGAUGUAUGACGCAUUAGAACUGCUGGUCGACUUCUUCUACGCAAAUGAAAAAGGUCUACAAAUGCCGAAAAUUCAAUCGGAACAAUACAAGGACCUGAAAGGAUUGCUUGGCCUACACAAGCUCAACACAUUUCCGUUGAUAGAGGUUUUCUUCGACGAGAAAUUACAACAACAGAAAGAAUGGACAAGUAAGGAGUUCGGUGUCCUCAACGUGAGGAUGUGUUAUAGACAAGACUCACAGUCUCUUCUUGUGGAAGUUCUAAAUGCAAAAGAUGUUAUACCGCUGGAUGCAAAUGGUCUUAGUGAUCCCUUUGUGCUACUCCAGUUGUGCCCAGAACACGUGUUUCCAAAUGUUACUAUACAGAAAACGAAUAUUGUCAAAAAGACAUUGAAUCCAAUAUUUGAGGAGACGUUUGAAUUUGAUAUAACGCCUGAGCAGUGCCGUCAUGCUGGAGCCAUCCUACUGAUGACUGUGAUGGACCAUGACUAUGUAUUCCAGAAUGAUUUUGCCGGGGAGGUGUACGUAAGUCUGUCAGAGUUGCCGGGAGUGGACGAGGAGAUAUCAGGAUUCGACGCUUUAAGCAUUAUAUCACUGCCCAUGAUGCAACCCAAGCACAAAGAAAGCGGGGCCUUGGAUGUGUUAGCAGCUAGAACGUGGGAUAAGGAUGCCGAAGAAUUUGUGAAGAAAAGGAAGAAGAUCGAGGAACAAGCAGUUUGA